UCGAGGGCACGAGACUCGUCUCUCAAGAGUUUCUCCCGGCAAGACUUACAGUGUGAAAUCGAGUUGAACCCCAUCGCAUUCGAAUCAGAAGCCUUAUAAUGGGGAUAGUUUUCAGUGCAUGCUCACGCGCCAUACGGUUCCCUUAUUACCUCUUUUGCGGCUCACCGCUGUCAAGAGAUGGUCUUCCUUCUGCGGACACGGAGUGGAGAGCAGAAGUGCAAGAUCCGCUUUUGACGGCGGCCGAGGAGGAGAGUACACGUAGAGAACAAGCGAGUCACUGGGGCACAUCACCAUCGUCUCCGUCUUUGCACGAAAUCCGACUCGUUAUCAAGGACGCGCGAGAAUGGACUUCUCUGGCUAGCGGAGCCGCAGGCAGUAGAGAACAAGAGAGUCACUGUGGCAUCACCUCCACCGUUAGGGAAACUACUGCUCGCCGUUUGGCCCCGUCAGUGCAGGAUCGAGGUACGUUGCCAGAAAGGCCCAGCACAUUGAGGAGGACUUCCCAAGUGUGGUGGACCGGUUGCUCGCCCUUCGCCCAUCCGUUGAUUGACCUGGACGCAGCAAAUCAGCGGCCGUACACUAAACCCGGCCUUGGGCUCGCGCAGGUCGGCGAGGUCAACAGCCCGCACAACUGUGCGACCGGUCCUUUAUCACGGUCGGCGAAGGUCGAUGUCGUUGUCCCCGUGAAGCGACCGCAUUCAUUAGCCACCGACUCCCCUCGGGUUGACAUCUUCGUUGAGACCAACUGGAACGACCUCGGGCGCCGCCCGUCUUCUCCUUACAGUGUUGUUGAGGUUAGACGCUCGAGCAUCACGCGAGGAGAAGAAGAAGAAGAAGAAGAAGAAGAAGAAGGGAAGUGCGCGGGUAGAGUCGAAUCCCAGGUGAGGACCUCCGCUCCCGCUUCGUCUGCCGAAUACGAUUCCUCCGCGGAGGAGGGAGAGGUUGAGCUUUGUCCCGCGGACAUCCGUUAUACGCAGGAUACCAUCGGCGGCNCCGCUUCGUCUGCCGAAUACGAUUCCUCCGCGGAGGAGGGAGAGGUUGAGCUUUGUCCCGCGGACAUCCGUUAUACGCAGGAUACCAUCGGCGGSACCUUCAAGGAUGGUCGGAGCAUACUUGAGUCGUACGUCGAUGUGAAGGAGGGGCGCGUUCACCCCGAGGAUUUCCCGCCAUUGAGAGUCGUGAAGAAAGAUGGCUGCUACUGGAGCUUUGAUAACCGGCGCCUUUGGGUCCAGGUCAUGGCAGGACAUGGCGCCUUCCAGAUUGUGGGAGAUGACGAUGCAAGUGAGAUGGCCGGCCUCUUCUUUCACACAACUGCUCUUGUCGGUAAGAGAAAGAUUAUUGGCUCUGUGCAUAUGAUCGAAAGGAGCAGCUCCUCUAGGAUGCUUAUAGCUUGUAUUUUGCUGCUCGUCAUUAGGCUGUUUUCUCCCUCCCUGCUCACGCUGGCUCAGCAAAAUGAGUGUGAUUGGGUGUACUUGGAAGGAAUGGGGGGCGGGCUCACUUCUUGUGCCCUUGUAUAUGUCCUCUUCUCCCUCUCUGCCUACGGUUUACCGGGCAGCUCUGUUUGACGAUAUAUAUAUAUGUAUACACACACACACACACACACACACACACACACACACUGUGACACACACACACAAUCAAAAUAAUAAUUCGCA